AUGACCGUCGCUGAUUCCCCCGUGCAGUGCGACGUUCUGGUGGGCAGCAUCUCAGCCAGCCGGCCAACAGCUUUUUGCUCGCCGGAUGACACCCUGGAUUCGGCCAGCAAUCUUUUGCAGUCGACUGGACGCACGGCCGCGAUCAUAGAAAACGGAGAGAAGACAGUGCUCGGGGUACUGACAGAGAACGACAUGUUGCUGGCAUUUGUGGAAGGGACAGCCUCCAGCUGCACGGUCGGCCAAUGGCUUCAUGGUGGCGAGGACAUUGCGCGAUUGCCCAACUUCCUGGUUCCCCCACUAUCCCUUCAGCCGGAUGUGCCACUCAUGGAAGCUGCAGCACGCAUGGCUGUGAUGACGAAUGGCGACUUUGCUUGUCAUCAUCUGCUGGUAGAUCCGGGGGACACCGAUCGAAAUGUGGCCUUGCUCUCUGCGCUGGACAUUGCCCGUGGCCUCCUCGUAGCAGCUUCUGCGCACGUUGGCGACCAGGCGCUGGAGGUGGCAAGAUUGGCAGUGACACAUGCCAUGAAGGUCUCCGGUGCAGAAGUCAUGAAGGUGCGGCAGGUUGCCAGAAGUACUCUCGCAGAUAGCCUCGGGGAUGCGCUUGACCUUUUGCACAGCUCGAACCAGAAUUGUGUCCUUGCGAUUCCUACAUCGACCGAAGAUGAGGGACAGCAAGAGGAAGAAGGUGAUCAAGUCAUGGAGCACGCCAUAGUGGGUGGUGCCAUAACACCAGGUGACGCUUUGCGGGCCAUCUCGGAGCGGGUCAACUGCAGAAGCUUAAGCUUGGGGAAAUGGCUGCAUAAGUCAGGCAUCAGCCCCGAACAUCGCUUCAUUUCCUCAGAGAGUUCUUUGGCAGAUGCUGCCGUGGGAACCUCAGUCUUUAAGUGCGUGCAGAGUGUUGGAAGAUGUGUACAAUCACAGACAGGCGCCUGCACGGAGUGA